AUGUUCCGUGGAGGAAGCGUCCGAAGGAAAAGCAUGCAGCCACAGAGGGAGGCUGGCAGUUUGCCGCCACUCUGCACACGAAUUUACAUCGUUUACGGCGACAGUGAAGAGUUCACCUUGGAACGACAAAUGCUAUGGAUGGACGUGCUUCCGGAACUGCAGAGCUUCGCGUUCCAUUCGGGCUUCGAUCUCGAGUGGAUCGAUCCGCUGAGCGAACGAGGCAGAUUGAACGAAGAAAUGCUCGAGCAGAUGAUGGACGGCAUUCUGGAGGAGAGCAGUUGGUUGAUAUGCGUUCUUGGAGACAAGUAUGGCACAGUUGGACCCCCUGUCAGGAUUCCGAAAGGCGAGUUCGAAACGAUUCGAGCAGCAGUAUUCGAGCAAAGAGCCGGUGAGUUCCAGGAAGUGUUUUAA